UAAAAGGAGAGCGAGAGAGGGAGGAAAUGUCGUUGGAGUGUCUAAUCCAACUUCCUUCCACUACCAUCUUCUGACAUUCUAACCCCAUCUUUUCACGAUUUCAUACAGAAAAACUCUCCAAAUCUCCACAAAUCCUUCCACUUCUCUCCAAUUCCUUCUCAAAUUCCGUUCAAUCAUAACCGUACGAUUUCCAACAAGAUCUUUCCUUUCAUUCCAUCAUCUCCUUCUCCUCGAAUCCAGUCCGAUCCCACCCAUUGAUUUCUAAAGAUGGGCAUCUCGAGCCUCCCUUCUCCAUCCGAGGGCGUCCUCUCCAUCAUCCUCAUCAACACCGCUCUCUCGAUCACGAUCCUCAAAUCGAUCGUACGUUUCAUCUUCAACGCCAUCGGGAUCCACCCCGCUCCGCAAUCAUCAUCGCAGUCCGAAGCCGUCGAGAUCUCAUCCGAUCGCACCGAUCUCCCGAUCCUCCCCGUCGAAUUCCAGUCCAGGUUCCCAGCCGUCCGGUUCCGAUCGCUCGCCCGGUGCCCGGCCGAGCACGAUUGCGAAUGCUCGGUUUGCCUGACCCGGUUCGAACCGGAAUCGGAAAUAAAUCAGCUACCGUGUGAGCAUUUCUUCCAUAAAGACUGCUUGGAGAAGUGGUUGGAGUAUCAGCACGUCACGUGCCCCUUGUGUCGAAGUCCUCUUCCGCAGGAGGAAGAAGCUUCUUGCCCUUGGUUCUAGAGUUAUCUACAAGGCUGCCACUGGUUUUGUGUUAUACAGCGGUUGUACAGGUUAUGUAGAAAUACACGUAGGAAGAUGACGUAGGUAGGUGUAUUUUCAUACGUACGUAGUAUUUCGUAUUUCUCUUUUUU